AUGUUCGACCUCAUCUUGCAGUGGAUCCACCGAAUCCUGGACCAUGCUCUCUCGACGGUCAAACUCGUCCAAAACCGCCAGAUAGGCUGGAAAACACUGAAUCGCAAAACAGGCCGCCUUGAGCGCGAACAACAGCCGAUAUGGAAAAAGAUAAAGCUUUGGGUUCUCUUCAGUCGUCCCGUUGAAUGGCUGGAUCGUACGCAGUUGCUUCGGCUGUGGAUCCACGAGAAGACCAUCACAGCCGGAAAAGAGGAAGGCACACCAGCGUCAGCUCGUCAGAUCAAGGCUUUCGUGGACUUCUAUCACAUCAAUAUGGACGACUUUUCGCCUUCCGACAUCCACAAGUAUCGCACCUUUGAGGAAUUUUUCGUUCGACAGCACAGACCUGGCGCACGACCCAUCUUCGAGCAGAACGACCCCACGCGUGCCGUGGUGGUCGCAGACUGUCGUCUGGUGGUCUACCCAACUGUGGCGCAGACCAAGAAACUCUGGAUCAAGGGGAGGAACUUCACCGUAGGUAACCUCAUACGCGACGACGAAGUUGCCAAACCAUGGCACAACGGCGCCAUCGCGAGCUUCCGGCUUUCGCCUCAAGACUACCACCGCUACCACUCCCCUGUCAUCGGCACGAUUGAAUGGUUCAAACAGAUCCCCGGUGACUACUACCAGGUGGAUCCGCUGUGCCUCAGAAGUGACAUAGACGUCUUGACCACGAACGCGCGGUGCGCCGUGUGCAUCAACUCCAAGGAAUUUGGCAAGGUGCUGUUCGUGGCGAUCGGCGCGACUAACGUUGGCACCGUCGAAAUCAACCCCAAGUGCCAGCAGGUCGGUUCCGAGGUGAGGAAGGGCGAUGAGGUCGGCUUGUUCCAGUUUGGUGGAUCGAGCAUCAUCGUCGCAUUCGAGGAGGGCUGCAUCCAGUUCGACGAGGACUUGCUCAGUGUGAGCCGCCACUUGAUCAUGAUGGAUGUCCAGGUGGGCAUGAGUCUCGGUCGCGCCACACAGAAUAAAUGA